CUGUCCCAUACGACAUAAUAGCCCAUUUAAGUUGUUGAGGCGGAAGCAGUUGGAAGUUAUACUCUUUUGACAAACUUUGCAUUUCUUCUCCCCUUAUAAAUUAAACCUCUCCCACUCAUUUCCAUAUCCUUUUAACUUAUUUGGUAUAGUUUGGUUUGAGCUUUUGUGGUUUGUUUGCUUCAAUGGAGUCUCGUUUUUCACUUCUACUUCUUCUACUUAUCUCCCUUGGAAUUGUUUGUAGUUAUGCUGUUGCUGCUGCUGAUGAUAUCCACGUCUCCCCUCAACAGUAUUGGGAUUCUGCCUUGCCAAACACUCCUAUCCCCAAAGCUAUUGAAAGUCUCCUUGGUUCGGAUUUUGUGGAAGGAAAAAGCACUUCGGUGAAUGUUGGUAAAGGGGGCGUAAACGUCAACACCGGAAAAGGUAAGCCUAAAGGCACCUCCGUUAACGUCGGAAAAGGCGGAGUUAACGUCAACGCUCCAAAACCAAAGCAAGGAGGCACUAGCGUUAACGUCGGUAAUGGAGGCGUUAACGUCCACACCGGUCGAAAAGGUAAACCGAUUUAUGUUGGAGUUAAACCGGGCUCCAGUCCCUUUGUUUAUAAAUACGCAGCCACAGAAACCCAAGUUCACGAUGACCCAAAUACAGUCCUUUUCUUUCUUGAAAAAGAUCUCCACCCUAGGUCUAAAUUCACCCUUCAUUUCCCUAAACAAACAACAACAACAACUAAGUUCUUGCCACGUCGUGUUGCCAAAUCACUCCCUUUCUCUUCCCAAAAACUGCCCCAAAUCCUCACCCACUUCUCCAUUCCUCCCACAAGUCUCGAAGCUGAGUCGAUUCGAAACACGAUUGACCAAUGCGAAGCACCUGGCAUUGUCAGUGAAGAUAAGUUCUGCGCUACGUCGUUGGAGUCCAUGGUUGAUUUCAGUACUUCUAAGAUGGGAAAGAAGGUGACAUUGGUCUCGACAGAAGUCGAGAAAGAUACAAAUUUGCAAGCGUUUACUGUUGUAAAUUUGACGAAGAAAUCAUCAGUAACAGACUCUGCAGUUGCGUGUCAUAAGUUGAGCUAUCCAUAUGCAGUGUUUUAUUGUCAUUACGCACAACACACCCGUGUUUACAAGGUUAGCUUGUUGGGUGCCGAUGGAACUAAAGCUGACGUGGCAGCCGUGUGUCACACCGACACGUCAGAUUGGAAUCCAAAGCAUUUGGCUUUUCAGGUGUUGAAGGUGAAGCCAGGGACAGUUCCAGUUUGCCAUUUUCUUCCAGAAGACCAUGUUGUAUGGGUUUCAAAAUACUAGAAAAUUUGGAAACUUAUUUGUGUGUUUGUGAUUGGUCCACGUGGCACAUGUAGGUUUGAAUAAACAUGAAAUACUUUUCAUUGUAAUAUUAUAUCAAUAGGUCAUGUAAUACACUUUUUUUCUAAUGUAAGGACUUUAAUGUAACUCUAAUGUUAUUAGUUAUCAUGGUAGUAAAUUGUGAAAUGCUGCUUUUGAGUGACAUGUGUGUAGUUUGCUACUUUAGUUUAAUAAUAAAUAGCAUAUCCUCUCUCUUGUAUUGAUAA